AUUUUACCAAAGCUCAAGCACAGUUCCUCUAAUUCUAAGUUGUUACACAAGAAGCUGAUCAACUUCAUACAGAAUGUCAACCAAUCUUCUCUCCUCAUUUCUGAAGCAAGCCAGCUGCUGGACCGUUAAUUAUCCUACAAAAGGACCAACAGUGGUUCCAUUCCCUAACUUUAAUCCCUGUACAGAUGCCGAGUUACUGAAGAAAGCCAUUGAAACAAAAGGUGUGGAUGAAGACACUAUCAUUAAAGUCUUGGCAACCCGGAACAAUUGGCAACGCCAACAAAUAGCAGAUGCUUUUCAGAAGAUUGAUAAAAAGUCACUGAAAGAUGCCCUAAAAUGUGCGCUGAAGGGUGACCUGGAAACCGUGUGCCUGGGUUUGCUACAAACCCCUGCUCAGUAUGAUGCACAUCAGCUUCAAUGGGCUAUGAAGGGCUUGGGUACUGAUGAGGACACUUUAAUAGAGAUCCUGGUAACAAGAACCAACAAGGAGAUAAAGGAGAUCAUAAAGGCUUAUGCACAAGAUUUCAAAAGUGACCUGGAGAAGGACAUAAAGUCCGAUACUUCAAAUGAUUUUCAGAAAGCUUUACUUGCUCUCCUGAAGGCAAAUCGCUGUGAGGAUUCUCGAGUCGAUGAUGAUCUUGCUGAUGAUGAUGCCAGGGCCCUGUAUGAAGCUGGAGAGAAAAUGAAAGGGACAAAUGUUGAUACAUUCAUCAAUAUUCUUACAAGCAGGAACAUUCCACACUUAAGGAGAGUGUUUCAGAAAUAUUGCAAGUACAGUAAAAAUGAAAUUGCGAUGGCACUGGAACUUGAACUGAAGUCUGAUAUAGAAAAUCUUCUUGUAUCUUUAGCUAAAUCCAUUGGAAACAAACAUGCCUUUUUUUCUGAGAAACUGCAUGAAUCAAUGAAGGGCUCUGGCACCAGGAAGAGGAUUCUGAGCAGAAUCGUGGUUUCUCGCUGUGAGGUGGAUUUGGAGGCCAUUAAAGCAGAAUAUAAGAAUGCCUAUGGAAAAACUCUACACCAAGCAAUUCUGGAUGACACCAAGGAAGAUUAUGAAAAAAUCUUGCUGUGUUUAUGUGGCAGAAAUGAAUGAAUAGGAUGCACUUGUUCACUUAUGCAUGGAAUGAUGUCUCUUGUAAAUGCAAUGAAGAUAAAAUAAGACUAAAACUAAAAUUAUAUUGGUUCAUAUUCAGUAAAAAUAGUUCAUCUGAAUUUUCUCUCCUAUUUAUACUUGAAUGCACACCAGUUUACUUCUAUUAUUAUUGAAUACGCUUCCUGAUACAGAUUUACUCUCAGGCUCUUCCAUAUAUAAUCGACUCUAAGUGACGUGGCACAAUUGUUGUACUUUGUAUGUCCUUAAUUCAGGUCCGCAAUAAGAUGAGAACUAAUUUAGAUGAUCGUCUGUAAGAAAGGCACCCAUGAUGCCAUAUGUUUUGAUCUUUUAACAAACUGCCUGUAGAAAAUCUCAAAUAAAAUUUCACCUCUGAUACC